AUGCCCGCACCGCUGCUCCCGCUGCUGCUUCGAAUGCUGCUGUCCCGCCUGCUGCUGCCCGCCGCCCGCCUGGCCCGCCAGCACCUCCUGCCCUUGCUGCGUCAACUGGCCCGCCGCCUGGGCUCCCGGGACGUGCGAGAGGCUUUGCUGGGCUGUCUGUUGUUCGUCCUCAGCCAGAGACACUCGCCAGACACUGGAGAGAUCUCCAGAGGGGCCCGCCCUGAGAGAAGGGAGAGGCUAGCCCCACAAAAAUGA